AGAAAUCAACCAACAGAAGCUGAGAAUGAGAGGAGUCGCUAACGCCUAAGCAGCCGGUGAAGAGUUGAGAGGUUCUCUCCCCAUUACCGACCAGAAUAGCCCGGUUUUUUGCCAUAAGCCAUGCCGAGUUGCGGUGUUAAACAUGCCGCAAAGGCCCUUUAGAUGGAAUUCAAGUCAACAAGCUGAGAUUUCUGAUUCAAAGGCUGGGGCAGAUCUACUUGACAUUAUUCUCAAGCUGCAGCAACUUUCCGCUAGCAAAUUCCAAUCGCCUGAAUGAAUAGACACUGUGCUUGGCAUCGAAGGUCUUCGUACUCGCCGGCAAGAACUUGAUGUACCCCCCUCGGUGUAGCAGUAUCCAGUCGCCCAUCAUUCAAGCUCUUCCUUGAUGAUGUAGCUUUCGACGGAGCCUUUCCUUCCGAAGCCGCAGCCGGGCCGUCUCCGUCAGCACCCUCCAGCGCUCAGCAGCUCAAGUAGCAACCUCCAUAGGUUGCCGAAGCUGUAACCGUAGCUGACCCACAUUCGGAACACCUAGCUUUGCGGCCGCAUUACCUUGGGAUGCAUGCGGAGCCACUGCCUCAGAUCAGACACAAUCUGGGAUGGAUUGUGACCCUCUGGUAGAACAGGACACGAACCCUUCAUGACUCUUCAAUUUAUCGUUGAGAAGACUCCAAUCUAUUAUCCAACAAGAGCAGCUACGGUCUUCGUUCGUUACAAUGAAACUCACCCUUCCUUCCUUCAAAAUGCUACGGAUUUACCAUGCCUUCCCUUACUCAUCGGAACGGCGCCGUUCCCUCUCCUAGGGACACCAAAAAAACCCAAAUUCAAACAAGGAAAAUAAUGAAACAGCAAGCUUGUUAUUCCACCAUCUCCCCAGAAUGAAGGUGCCAAAAUCCAUAUCCAAAUUACCCUCGAACUUUCAACCUGCAAGCGAACCAAUUCUAUUGAAGAACCGUCGGCUGUAAGUUUGGCUACUUUAUGCGCUAAGGUAUCUCUUCUCUAGAAACCAGGUAAAUCCACAAUUUAAAAUAUUUUGUGCUAAAUUCAAAAUGUCAUCUAAAAUAAUUUGAAUAUAUGUAAUUGAUGCCUCUGAUUUUAGAGCUUGGAUGAAAAUUAAACUGUCAGAUUUAAAUAUAAUUCUUUUCAAUUGAAAAUUUUUUGUUAUUAUUAGUGCUUUCUUAACCGCUAAGGCUUUGGCGGCUAAAGGCGAGGUAACCGCUAUUUUAGAGUUUGAGGCUCUGAGAAAAUAUAAUGCACGAAUAUUUUUUGCUUGGGCUGAAUACUGUGUUGUUCGUUUUGGACAGAAAAGACAAUAGUAAACCUAACGAGAAACACGUAUUCUGACCCUCGAGAUUUGGAUCUGGAUUUAAGGCCCAACUGUGAGUCCAAAAAGUGGCCUGGCUGGUCACUAGUGUUAUGAUUUUGUUGGUCCAAGCCUUGUUGGACUCUGGCGAAGGAUAUAGACUAUAGAUCAGAGUAUAGUUUAGUCCAAAGUGCUUUAAUAAUUGUUAAAAACAAAAACUCAAAUUGCUAUUAAAAAAAUAUUGAUCUUUAAUAAUUUUAGAUGGAACAAUUUCAUCAAACUUUUAUUCUUUAAAAUUUUAAGAAUUAAUCGCAUAAGAUAGAUGGAUUCUUUUACUGUUUUCAAUCAAAUUUUUAAUAUACAUAUUAGACAAAUAAUUCUUAAAAAAAUAUUUUUAGAUAAAUUAGUGUCCAUUUUAAAAAAUAAAAAAUGGAUUUAAAAUGAUUUGAGAAAUGAAUUUGCAUACUUAUUUGACGUUAUGAAUGAAUGAAAUGUGUGAAAAUGUGGAACUAGUGUGGGUGUAUGGUGAGAAAGCAGUGUUCCAUUGUGUUGGUCAAAGUCAAAGACUGAAACUAUAAAGUAUAAACCCACCCUGAUUUAUCAUAACUCAAUAUUCUUCCCUUCCAGACACCAUGGACAACCUCAACCUGCCAUUAAGGUUAAUAUUGUCUUUCAACCUAUUACUAUUACUCCCAUGUUGUUGUUGUUGUUGUUCAGUGGCUCCGCCACUUCCCAUAUUGCCCCUCCCAAACGCCUUCCAGAUCCAAUGGCAGCUGAGCCACAUGUCCCUCUUCUUCCACUUCGGUCUCAACACCUUCACCGGACAAGAGUGGGGCUCCGGCCACGUCCACCCUUCCCUCUUCAACCCCACCAACCUCAACACCACUCACUGGAUACACCUCGCCAAACUCAACGGCUUCAACCGCGUCAUCCUCACCGCCAAGCACCACGAUGGUUUCUGCUUGUGGCCUUCCCAAUACACUAACUACUCUGUUCGCUCCUCUCCCUGGAAGGCCGGCACCGGGGACGUCCUCGCUGACCUCUCCGCCGCCGCUAAACUUGCCGGCGUUGACCUCGGCAUCUACCUCUCCCCAUGGGAUCGACACGAGCACUGUUACGGUAACACCUUGCUCUACAAUCAGUUCUACUUGGCCCAGAUGACUGAGCUACUCACUAGGUAUGGAGAGAUAAAGGACGUAUUUUUGGAUGGUGCAAAAGGAGAAGGGGAGAAGGACAUGGAGUAUUUCUUUCACACUUGGUUCUCUCUCAUUCACCAGCUUCAGCCCGCCGCCAUUAUAUUUUCCGAUGCUGGUCCUGACACUAGGUGGGUUGGGAAUGAACUUGGUCUUGGUGCCUCUACUUGUUGGUCUAUUUACAACUCCACUCUCACUCCAAUUGGUGGCGUUUACAAUGAUCCUCGAUAUGCGGCCGAGGGAGAUCCGGCUGGUCAUGAGUGGGUACCUGCCCUCUGUGAUGUCUCAAUCAGACCUGGUUGGUUUUGGCAUCCUUCAGAACUUCCAAAGUCUGCAAUCAAUCUGCUUGAAAUAUACUAUAAGUCGGUUGGUCGAAAUUGUCACUUGCUACUCAAUGUGCCUCCAAACUCAUCAGGUCUCAUUUCACCCGAGGAUAUCCAAGUUCUUCAAGAGUUCACUGAACUCAGAAGAUCCAUAUUCUCCAACAAUUUCGCUAUAAAUGCGCUUCUUCAAGCCAGCAGCACGCGAGGAGAAGGAGGAGGAACUUGUGAUUCACAGUUUAGUCCCUACAAUGUUCUGAAAGAAGGCAUAUACACUUAUUGGGCUCCAGAGGAGUAUCAAUCAAGGUGGAUAUUGUACAUAAAUCUUCAAGAACUAGUAUCCUUUAAUGUUCUGCAACUACAAGAGCCUAUUCAAAUGGGACAAAGAGUGAGUGAGUUUCACCUCGAGGCAUUGCAUCAAGAUGGUGUAUGGAAGAGAGUUACAAAUGGCACCACAAUUGGAUAUCAGAGGCUUUUGCUGUUUCCAAAAGUAAAAUCUCAGCAUUUGAAGCUUGUUAUUGACAAGUCUAGAGCUGAUCCAUUGAUAUCAUACUUGGGGAUCUACAUGGAUCCAGUUACCAUUUGGAGCAGCAUAUAUGAUGAUACAGUAUUAACAAGCCAUUUCAAUGCAACACAAGUUAUUCAUAUUAUCACACAAGACAACUCUCACACUGCUACUUCAACAGCUACAAUAUUGGAACUUUAAAAGGGUUGAUAGAGAUAUUCAUAGUAAUUGAGGAUGGAAGCAGCACCAGAGCAAGGAGAGAGAGGAAGCAGAACACAGAUGCUAACAGGCACGGUUUUAGGGAUAGAUCACACCGAUCUCUUUUACAGAGUCUGCGCUCUUUGUGAAAGGACCCUUUCCUUUCCCUCCGGUGAUGAUUCUGAUGCCCCAGCUUCUUCCCUCUGCAAAUUCUGCCACCCGCACCCUGC